AUGAGGUCAUUAGGAGAGCGCCUCAAUCUGCUCAGAAAGCUCAUCAACAUAAAAUGCGGCCCCGGCGCUGCGAUCCUCCCCCCGGAGGUGACUAGAAUACAUAUGGACUUUGCGUCCAAGAUAAACGGUGGCCACAUGGGAGCCAGGAAGUUCUGGCGCGAAUACCUCCCGCGGCUCAAGUACCACAACCCGGCGAUCCCCAUGAUUGUCAACCGCCACGAUCAAAACUCCUCCGCUCCGACCAUGUCCAUCUACCUACGCAACAACAGCGCCACCUCCCCUUCCGCAGACUCCCCGGCCGCCGAGGCCCACGCCCAGCCAGCCUCCUCCCGCAACAACCUGUCCAAGGCGCAGCCCCCCGCCUCCGAUGAGCGCGUCGUCCACAUCGACAUGAAGGACAAGCACUCGACCGACAUCCUCGAGUACUUCGUCGCGGAGACCCGCGCAAAGGGUUUGCAGCCUACCGCAGAGGAGAUCGCCGAGAUGCAAUCUUUGGAGGCGCUCAAGAAGGAGGCCGCCGUCGACCGCGAGCGGGUACGGCAGUUGCGCGCCGAGAAGAAGAAGGAGGAAGACAUGCUCAAGCGAGCCAGGGCUGCGGGAGGCAUGGCCGAACAAGAGGCGUCAUGA